GCCCGCCGGAUGCACAGGCGCCAGUGGCGUCCAUUUCUUCACCGCGACUCAUCUGCCUCCUCAGCCUGCCCCGCCACCGCCAGGAGGAGAGCGGGGCCGCGGCUCUCACCGACACCCCACAGCCCCCGGCUCCCCUCAGGAUGGCGCCUCAAGAUGGCACCUGAGGAUGGCGCCUCAGAAGGGCGCCGGAGGACGGGCCUCGGCGCGCCCUCCCACCCCACGUCUCCUUCCGCGCCGGGCGCGGGGCUGGGCGGAGUGAUCCCGCCGGGGCGGCAUGGCGUCCGGCAAGCGGUGGGGGGUGGUGGUGGAGCUGCGGGGGACGCUGCUCCCUCCGCGCCGGGCGGCGGACUCGGAGGGGGAGACCGAGGAGGAAGCCGAGGAGGAGCCCUACUUGGAGGAGGCUGCGCUCCUGGAGGCUUCGGGGCCGGAGCUGGCGGCUGCGCUGCCCCCGCGCCGAGGCGUUGUUAUACAAGAAGAGGGCUCCAAAAAGGAGUAUGAAGUUGUUGGACGUUUUCCAUUAGUUGGUCCUUGGUGGAGAGUUAAUGUUAAAGCUAAAAAAAUGGGGUCAAAGUACUUUGUACAAGGUUAUCCAUCAUAUUUUCUGCGGACUGAUAUAGAAGAAAACAACCGGCCAGUCUUUUCACUUUUCCUUCAGGAAUGUGCUGUUCCUGAUGAUUUUAAAGAAAAGUUUUUUACUUGGCUUCCUAUGGAGUCUCUGCUGAGUUUUGGAAAUCUUGAAGAAAAACUAAAACAAUUCCAAGUUUCACACUUGAAGACAGGGAAAAACCAAAGAGACACCAAUGCUUAUGACAUCCUCCACUACGUUUCAAACUCACUUGCAGGAAAGGCGGUAUUGGUAGCUCUGACUUCUCCGAUGAUAUUGGAGUUCUUGCCUAUUCUCCUGCCGCGCCAUUUUUGCUGCCUACUGGAAAUGAUGUGUUGUCCCAUAAAGACUGAAGAAAACAGUGCUACGGAUGGUGAGGAAAUACAUUUUCAAGACAAUAUGCUAACAAAAUUAGAUGAGAUAUUAAAUAAUGACCCAUGGAAACUUGGAUUCAGCAGGAUUACCUAUAGGGAACUGAAGCUUUCUAACUGUGAGGCAACAUGGGCCGCCUUCUGUCAGUGUGAACAUCUCCUCUGGAAGAUUCCUGACUUGCAGAAGAAUGCAUUAAUUCUGUAUGACCGACUGAAGAAACAGUGUAGAGAAAUGGGACACACUUAUGAAGAUCAAGAUGAAUUAGCUCGUUUUGUAUCUAAAGAUAUGUCCAUUGAGCAUGUUUGGCAAUCUCUUGUAUUUUUGAAAGAUCAGAAUGUAGUGAUUAGGGAGAAAAAACUAGUGUUUCUGCCUCAUCUUUAUAAAUCCGAAAGAGACAUUGCAAUGUGUAUAGGUGACCUUCUGUCAAACCGCUCAUGGCAACUGAAUGUUGAUGUGAGAAAGAUACUUAACACUUCUGAGACAUCAAGAGAAAUGGUAGAUAACAAAAUUAAUGUUACCCAGGCUUGUGAAAAGGAACAACUGAAGGAAAAUAGUCCAGACAAUCAUAACUGUGAAAAUCACUUUCCUGAAAAGGAAGUGGAGUCUGUGUCUGGUACCCAGAGUAAAGAAGAGGUAGACUUGGAUCAGCUGAUUGCUAUGGAAAAGAUUUGUUCUAAUCCUGUCACAAUCAUAAGUGGAAAAGGAGGCUGUGGGAAGAGUACAGUAGUUAGCUGCCUUUUUCGCCACUUAAAGCAGAUGGAAAAAGAAGUGGAAGCUGCUUCUAAGGACUUUGAAGAAGACCUGGAUGCAUCUGAGGAAUGGAAUACCCUUGAUCAUCACUGGGAGUCAGAGAAUACAUACACAAAAAGAUGUUUGAAUGUACUAUUUACUGCACCUACAGGGAGGGCAGCAAGCCUUUUGAGUGAAAAAACUCAGCUUCCUGCAUAUACACUGCAUCAGAUCAUCUAUAGUUUUAAAUCGUGGAGGCAGAGUGAACAAGUACAGCCAUGGAGGUUUUCUACUGUGACGAUUUUGGUUGUGGAUGAAGGAAGUUUGGUGUCUGUGCACAUUCUUAGUUUAGUUUUAAAACUCUUGUGUGAUCAUGCUCAGCUUGCCAAGCUUAUUAUUCUAGGUGAUACUAGACAGCUGCCAAGCAUAGACCCAGGAAACAUGUUAGCUGAUAUCUUUGAGGGUCUAAAAUCAAGAGGCUUUUCCGUGGAACUGCGAACUAAUCACAGAGCUGAAUCACAACUAAUUGUAGAUAAUGCAUCAAGAAUCUCUCACCGGAAGCUUCCUGAGUUUGAUGAGGUGUUGAAAGUUUCUGGUUGGAAUGAGGAAAUGACAAUGCCAAGCCCGGAGAAGAAAUUCAUUCUUAUUGCUUUGCCUGCUGGGUGGCGUUGUGAUGAUUUGCAAGCUGCCAUAAAGACUUUACUUAAAAAAGGACCAGGUUUGCAGGAUGCCAAACAAUCACAGUUCAUUGCUUUCAGAAGGCAAGAUUGCGAUCUAAUAAAUGAACUUUGUUGCCAACACUAUUCAAAUCAUGUAACCAGAGACCAUAAAAACCGGCUUUUAUUUCAAAUUGGUGACAAGAUUUCCUGCACGAGGAAUACAUAUCUCAAGGAUCUCGUGCCAGAUAGUGGUUUCAGGGAAGAUCCUAAUCACCGUGAACGCAGAAGCAGAGAAACCCCCCUCACUGCGGAGGGUGCUGAGGAGGGCAGGCGGCUGUGCAAUGGAGAUAUAUUUUUCAUAACCGACGAUGUAGAAAUUGAUAAACAGCAUUUAUUGACCAUCAGCAGCAACUACGGCUCCACUUUCACAGUGAAGUAUAAGGCACUGAAGAAGCUGUGUCACAUAAAACAUGCAUGGGCCAGAACGAUUCACACAUUUCAGGGUUCUGAGGAGAAAACUGUUGUCUAUGUGGUGGGCAGCCCUGGCCGUCAGCACUGGCAGCACGUGUACACCGCCGUGACCAGAGGGCGCUGCCGUGUCUAUGUUAUAGCGGAGGAGCCGCACCUCAGGAGGGCAGUCACUAACAAGAAUGUGCCCAGAAAAACUCGCUUGCAGAGAUUUUUGAGAGAGGCAAUCGCAGAAACGAGCAGCUGCCCCCAACAGACUUCCUCUCCCCUGACGAAGAGCUGCCAAAGUCAAGGGCUUGGGGCUCGACCUGUGCCUGGAACUCGAGGCGCUGCUGACCCACCUCAGCCUCCGACCGGUGCGACCGAGCAGGGAGGGUCAGCAGUUCCCAGUGAAGAGCAGGUGAGCGGUUGGCAGCAAAAUCCAUGCAAAAGACAACAAGCUCUUGCAGAGGAUUCUGAGGAUGCUACGAAAAUACCCUCUUCAACAUCACAAGAUUCCCCACUUGGGUGUACCAGACUUAAGAAUCUAACUUUGGGACAACCAACUCCUAGGAAGCUUUUCAAAAACUAACAGACAAUUAAUCGUCCUUGCUAUGAACCUUUCUUGAGCUUGUUUCAUUCAAGAUUUUUGGAACAGAGAAGCUGGGCAUGCAGAUGAUUUUCAAAGGCUUUUCUGUAUUUGCAUGUUCUAUGAAGAACAGCUUGUUUUAAGUGAGCCUUUUGCAUUUUCACUGGUCUGUUUUUAGUAGGAGAUCCUUUGGUGUGUCAGUCGACAAAAAUCGUAUCAUUCUUUUGGUGAAGAAUGAACUUACAGGUCGUAUAGGAUCUAGACGUUCCCUUAAAAAAUACAUGGGGCUUUCUAGGUUUAAAGACCAUCCAUAGCAAGAUUUAGCCAUCUCCUCAUGCAACAGACCUGAUGAGAAGCCAUUAUGGAUGUGCCAAAAUUCACAUUUGCUCGAGUCAAAAAAUAGUUUACAAGGGAGACUUCUUCAGAUUUGUCUGAUGUGGCAGAGUUACGGGCAUGAAGCUUUUGACAGAUUAUGGAUUUUAAUCUUGUUACAAAUAGAACAAGAAAGCUGCAAUCAGUGACAUCGAAAAUUUUCCCCACUUUGUACUCAAAAGGCAAACAGAACUUGCCAUGGCUGCUUUAGGUAAUAGUUACAUGCUGAUAAUGAUCUUGGUAAGAAAAGCAAAAUUCCAAGUCAGAGUACAAAUAACAUUCCACUUCCAACCUUUUUUGUGUACUGUGUGACUUGCUGCAUUGUCAUUAAUAAGCUGAAUGUUUAAUCAGACAUCAAAUUGCACUAAACUUUGGACAGCUUUGCUUUUAACUAUUUUUUUUUUAUACAUAUGGCAGGAAAAAGUGUACCACAAAUAAACAUGGUAUUUUUUGCUGAAACUGUAGAAAAAAAAAUUAAAGUAGAAAAAUGCGAUCUCACUUUUAAUGUCUUUAAAUCACUGUUUAUUUCAAUUUAUGCAGUUUUUCCAUACAAAUAUUUGCAACAGUUUGAUUUUCAAAAAACAUAA